CCGACCAUACCCCAAAGAAGCGCGAGCAUGGCUCACCUCGAGAUUCAAAGCCAAGACGGCCUUUAUAGCUGGUGGCAAGCAGAGAGCCACCAUGGACACCCUUGUAGUCAACAAAACCGACGAGGCCGCUGUAUCGAAAGCCUCAAGUGUCUAUAAAAGAGCUAGAACACUUUCUCGAACCAGAGUCUUAUUGCUCCUGCAUCAAGCUCGUCUCAAGUCGUUCACUUGACUUUGCAAUUGGACCUUCGUUUAGCCCAAAAAUCACAAUCGCUUGAUACCAAAUACCGCCAAAAUGCGCGCCGGUAUCCUUUCAUCAGUCUUCCUGGCUGCCACCGGGGCGACUGCCACGUUCGACAAGCUCCCUGAGCACCUCCGUGAGCACGUUAACAAGCACGUCCAGGAGAAGAACGCCAAGAAGGUCGAGGAGCAGGACCCCAAGCCCCAUCACCACAAGAUCUUCUUCCCCGACGAUCCUGAGAACCAUGGCCGUCAUUGGGACCUCUGCCGUGACCCCAAGCACUGCGACCCCAAGGACUCCAUGGGUGAUGUCAGCUUCAACGUGACCGAGGAGGACCUCGUCUUCGACUUUGCUCGCAAGAACACCCGCGAGGAGGUCCGCUUCGAGGAGAUUGAGAUCUUCCUGAGCGCCAACCAGAGUCAGUUCGACGACAGCCACCGCUUCGGUACCCACCGCAACCAGUGUGGUCCCCACGACGACAGCGUCCGCUGUCGCUUCCCCUUUGAGGAGGUUGUCGAGGGCGGCCGCCAGGGUCUGUGCCCCAACGGCCAGAGCGAGAACUUCAUCUUCUACAUCAAGAUCAAGUCCGUCGUCAAGGUCAAGGAGGAGCGCAUCGAGCUCUUCAACAAGGCCAUCCGCCGCCAGCAGGCACAGAUUGGCAACGGCCGCCACUUUGGCCGCGCCGCCGAGGACGAUGCCAAGGACUACGGUUUCUCCCUGGACGACCACUUCAAGAUCGGCUACCAGUGCUGCGAGACCAAGUGUGACUGCUACGAGAAGGAGUGCGACUUCCACGCCGACUAUAAGCACGGCGAGGACAGCGAGGGUCUGGCCAUUGAUGAGCAGAAGGCCAAGCUCGGCGAGCUCAAGCAGGGCACGCACGUCGUCGCCCGCGACGUCGAGGAGUCUGAGCAUGCUUGCCACCACAACGACAAGGACGAGGUCUGCUGCUGCAAGCCCUGCAAGCCUGAGGAGCCCAAGUGCGAGCCCAAGUGCGUCUGCAAGCCUGUCGUCAAGCAGGAGUGCAAGCCCGUGAUCAAGCAGGAGUGCGAGAUCCAGUGCAAGCCCAAGUGCGAGCAGGAGUGCAAGAAGAAGACCGAGCCCAAGUGCGAGCACGAGUGCAAGAACAAGUGCGAGUGCAAGGAGGACGACCACGAGUGCAAGCACAAGUGCGAGCACAGCUGCAAGGGCGAGUGCCAGCAUGAGUGCCAGCAUGAGUGCCAGCAUGAGUGUAAGCAUGAGUGUAAGCACGAGUGCAAGCAUGAGUGCAAGCACUCCUGCAGCCACAAGCACAAGUGCAAGCACGCCCACAAGCACAAGCACGCCCACAAGCACAAGUGCGACCACGCCCACAAGCACGGACACAAGCACUCGCACCACCACAGGCGCAACUUUGGCGGCGAGGCUGGUGCUGAGGACUGUGCCGAGACCGGCCCCGAGGCCUACAACUUCUCGGUUGACGACCACUUCAACAUUGGCUACCAGUGCUGCGAGUCCAAGUGCGAGUGCUACGAGAAGGAGUGCGACUUCCACGCCGACUACAAGCACGGUGAGGAGAGCCAGGGCAUGGACAUUGAGGACCAGAAGACCAAGCUUGCCGAGCUCCAGUCUAAUCAGGGCGAGAAGGAGGCCAACCAGGAGCUCGUCGCCCGCGUCGCUGACGAGGAGGAGGCCAAGCACUGCAAGCUCUGCCCUACCGGCAAGUGCUGGCGCAAGCCCCAGACGCCUCACCAGAAGCGCUCGUACAACCGCCCCGAGGACUUUCAGUGCGAGGGAGCCUUUGUCAAGGCUUUUGGCCGUGGCCAGAACAACACCCACCGCUUCCACGAGCUGAGCGACAGCAAGCCCGAGGCCUGCAACGUCGAGGACGGUGUCUUCCACCGCCACUCGCGCUCCGACCUCGAGGUCUCCGUCAAGGGCCCCAUCACCUUUGACGACCGCGAGUUCGGCUUCUUCUCCAUUGCCCUCGAGAAGAAGCGCGAGCACACCUUCCUGGCCAUCAAGGUCAAGGUUGACGACGUCGACUUCUUUGUCGCCGAGAUUGCCGUCUUUGUCGACUGCGACGGUGGUGUCAGCAACUACAAGAACGCCGACACUAAGCACCCCUCGGUCUGCAAGCCUGACUCGUACCCCCACCGUCACGUCGACGAGAAGGGCAUCGACAAGUUCAAGUUUGAGAUUGAGGACACCUUCCAGUGCCGUGGCGACUACUUCAUCGCCAUCUACGUCCUCGUCUGCGUCAAGGACGGCGACAACUGCCACUACCGCAAGCACACCCCCCACCACCGCGAGGACCCUGAGCCCAAGGAGCACCACCGCAAGAACCCUCACGCCCAGAUCCACUACUAAGCGACGCCGCCACCUCGCGGCCGCUGACGGGUCCCGUCCGGAUGGAACGAUAGCUGGAUAGGCGUGCUCACCAUGAGGAAGACCUGCUCUCCUCUCCAAUGGGAGAGAUCUGUCACUCUGGUGUACCGGACGGGGUUUUUUUUUUUUUUUUUUGGCGUU